GCCACGGGCCUGGUACAUAUACUGUAUAUGCAGUUAGGCACCGUGGCAGAAAUAGCAACGUCGGGUCCUUGUUGUCCCUCCGCCAGUACAGGUUCGGGUUGUACCAUCAACAGGGGCGCGGCGACAAACAAGGACGAAGGGGCGGUGUCCAGCCACUUCCCUCGCCUCUCCUCUUGUCUCAUCGCAAGUAGAUUGCAUCGCACAGCACUGGAGGGAGCCAUCCAUCACCUCACCCAACAAACACUUCAGCGACGUCACAAAUCCCCCCAGCUCGGGCCAAGCUCCCACCACGUGUGCGUUCACCAAAGCCCGCACGCCGCCCGUCUUGAUCAGGCGCCGUCGCCCGGCCCACGUCCCUUGGCCUUGGAGCGAUACGGGCCUUCGCAGGGCCAUGUGCGAAUGACGAUAGCAACCAUGGGCGUGGCCGACAUCUUCACCUCGCUCGUCAGCGGACUCCUGCCCCGCGACAGUGUCAGGUACAGAUAUAGCGCCAUCCCGGCACCGAUGGAGGAGGACGAGUCGUCGUCGUCGUCGCAGCAGCAGCAGCAGCAGCCGCCGCCGGGUGAGGAGCUCGAUGGCCGCCGUGCAAGGCCCCGCGAGCAGGCAAGGCUGCUCAAACUGACAGCUGGUGCCAUGAUCCUCUUCGCUGUCUUGGCCGUUGCCGCCGUCUAUGGGCGGUCUCACCACAGCUCGCGAGGGUGCGAGGCCACGGGCGCCUGUGAUGGCGUCUCGCCGCACACCUGGGGACAGUACUCUCCCUACUUUUCUGCGCCGUCGACCGUCGACCCGGCCUUGCCCGCCGGCUGUGAGCUGACUUUUGCUGCUGUGCUCUCCCGUCACGGAGCGCGAUAUCCAACCGCGGCCAAGUCGGCCCCGUAUCACGAGCUCAUCGCACGAAUACAUGCGUCGGUGAGCAAGUACGGCAAGGGCUUCGAGUUCAUCCGCGACUACUCCUUCACGAACCGCGCCGAUGACUUGACGCUGUACGGAGAAAAGGAACUUGUUCAGUCUGGUGCCACCUUCUAUCGGCGCUACCAGGAGCUGGCGCGCGACUCGGAGCCGUUUGUCCGCGCGGCGGGGUCUCCGCGUGUCGUCAUGUCGGCCCAGAACUUUACGACGGCGUUUUACGAGGCCCAGGGGAAGAUUGGAGACGGGAAACUGGACCAGAUUCUCGUGCUGCCGGAGAAGGCCGGUUUCAAUAACACACUUGACCACGGCACAUGCCCGGUAUUCGAGGACGGCCCCUGGGCUACGCUGGGGCACGACAAACAAGCGAAAUGGCGGUCCGUCUGGGCAGCGCCCAUCAUGGACAGGCUCAACUACAAACUGCCCGGAGCGAACCUGACGCUGCAGGAGACUGUCUAUAUCAUGGACCUGUGCCCCUUCGGCACGGUCAGCACGCCCAACGCGACCAAGUCGGGCUUUUGCAGGCUCUUUUCGCAGGAGGAGUGGCGCGGAUAUGACUACCACGGGUCGCUUGAUAAGUGGUAUAGUUUCGGCAACGGCAACCCGCUGGGCCCGACGCAGGGGGUCGGGUAUGUUAACGAGCUCAUUGCUCGGCUGACGGGAAAGGCGCUUCAGGACGAGACGUCGACGAACUCGACAAUGGGCUCGUCGCCCGAGACGUUUCCCCUAGACAGGAAGCUGUACGCCGAUUUCAGUCACGACAACCUGAUGACGUCAGUAUACGCGGCGCUCGGCCUAUACAACCGCACCGAAAAUCUGCCCGACACGUAUAAGCUGUCGCCGCGCAAGACGCACGGCUACUCGACGUCGUGGACGGUGCCGUUUGCAGGGCGCAUGUACGUGGAAAAGAUGCGAUGCGAUGCAAGCAAGGGGGAUGACGAGCUGGUGAGGGUGUUGGUGGACGAUCGAGUGGUUCCGCUGCAGGGCUGCCGGGCCGACAAGCUGGGCCGGUGCCGGCUGAGAGACUUUGUUCAAGGCCUGUCGUUUGCAAGGUCGGGCGGCCACUGGCCUCUAUGCUAUGCAUGAGAGAAGAGACAAACGUGUCGUUGUCGUAUAGGCGUGCAGUGUCAGAUGUGACGGCGGACCGAACAAUCGACCAGGCUGCCGUGCGUUUUGUAACGAACAGGCGGUUUACCUUGCGUGUGCUCCAAGCACGGAGAACAGGGCCAUGAAUACCUCAACUUGGUAGCGAAAUGUCGUGGACAGCAGUGCGUCCGAGAAACCGUUCAAGCUGUGUUUGGGGGUGGCGGUGACGCCUCGCUCUCACACUUGCGGCCGGCUGUUGCUAUUGGGGAGGGCCGGUACAGCGGGGUCCGUACUGAGUGUCCCUUUUUCUAAUCAGUACGAAGUAGAAGUUUAUAACGGCG